AUGACCGAACUUGUGAAUGAAUGUGACGUGGCCUUUAUAAACGGAGCCCCCGGAUUUCCCUACGAAAAGGUUUACCGUUGUUUUUCUGGUGAUAAUAACGGUCUUCUAUUCCGACUUGUAAAUGACAAGAAGCAGUGGGCUUUCUACAAUGACACAGAAGACUUGUUCUUCCGCGUUAAUGCAAAGUUUGGCCCCAACUCCGACCUGAAGCCGCUUGGCCGCACAAAAAUUGUUGAGGCGACAGAUGAUCACAACUGGCGUUACAACGCCAGUGUGACAGUGGGACCGGGCCGUACGGAGCGAUUCGUGGAAGGUAUCGUCGAGGGCUUCGAGGUGAACUUUGCCAGUGAGGCUAUGCCAGCCGAGAGUGUGGAAUUCGAGAAUGGUGCCCCUACAGUGGAGUACGAGACGGUCUACAAGUGUCUUAAGGACUACGGUAAUGGACUCCUCUUUCGUCUUGUCUCAGAGGACCCCAAAACGGGUGAGCGCACAUGGAGUUUCUACAACGAUACAAAGGAUUUCACAAUGGAUGUGGAAGUUACAUUUGCCAACAAGGACUGCGUACAACCGUUGGGGAAUGUACGGGUGGAAGACGCACCUGAUAACGAGAAUGGGGCAGUAUAUAAGGUUUCAGUAAAGCCGCUCUGCACCGAGGAAUUUCUUCGCGGUGAUCCUCAUGAUUAUAAUCUGUCGUUUGUGGCAAAUCCAAUGGAUAAUGAAAAGGCACUGGAAGAUUAUGAAGUUGUUUUUGAGAACGGCUCACCAAACCCUGAAGUUGUCCUUUACCCAGGUUCCAAGGUUUUUAAGGGUUUUAAAGAUAAGGGUAAUGGCCUUAUAUUUCUUCUUCUUGAUGAUGAAAAUAAGAGGUGGGCAUUCUAUAACGAUACAACGGAAUACAAUAUAACGGCAACAGUGAAGUUUGGCCCCAAGUCUGUCUAUGAAGCGGCACAGAAUGUUUCAGUGUCUCCUGAUCCUGAUGUGGCUGGAGGUACCGUUUGCGUUCUCACGGUUCCACCUCUCACAACAGAACCUUUCCUUACUGGAAAUCCAGGAAACUACCACAUGUCAUUUUAUGCAGAACCGGUAACGAAGACUCAACACGAAGAAAACCCUGCCUUCGAAAACGAAGGACCUGACGCACAUGUCAUGGCUCACUAUGAUAAAGUCUAUAAAUGCUUUAAAGAGAAUGGUAAUGGUCUUCUUUUCCGUCUCGUGGAUGAGCAAAACAAUAUGUGGGGUUUCUACAAUGACACAAAGGAUGUCUUAUUCACUGUAAAGGUCCGUUUCGACAACGACUCUAAAGUUACUCCAAUGGGUAAAACGACGACAGGAGAGGAUGAUGAUCUUGGCGAGGUGUACAUGCUUCAAGUUGAGCCACUUGCUACUGAACUUUUCGUUUCAGGUGAAGUGACAGGUUUCGCCACUAAGUUCACUGGAAAGAAAUACAGACCAGUGUAG